AUGGUCAAGUUGUGGAUAUUGGGGUUCCUUCUGGUUUUUCACAUCAUCCAGAUCGAUGGAUCUCUCAGAGUUCCAUUGCGAAGGAUCACUAAAGAAAGGAAGAGUUUCACUGAAUUUAAACAGAACUUGAAGGAAUACAGAGUCCAGUUGGAAAAGUUCAUAUCUUUCAGCAAGAGAGGAAUCCCAGUAUCAAUAAAAAACAACAAAAAUAUGGACUAUUAUGGCGUAAUAGGUCUGGGUACUCCUCCACAAGAACUGAAGGUAGUCUUCGACACAGGUUCUUCGGAUUUGUGGGUUCCUUCUAGCCAUUGCUGGUUCAGUUUUUCUUGCUAUAACCAUAAAUAUUUCAAGGAUUCUAAAUCAUCAACAUUCAAAAAUAUAGGAAAAAGUGUUUCCAUCGAAUAUGGCACCGGAUCAAUCUCAGGAACAACCGUACAAGACAAACUAACGGUCGGCAAUAUUUCAGUUCCUGAACAAGUAUUCAUAGCUGCCACAUCUAUCUCCAAAGACCCCUUCUACAAAGCCAAGACUGACGGGAUCUUCGGCCUAGGGUUCCCGGAGAUAGCCGAAACCAAAGCCACUCCUCCUCUCUACACCAUGGUCUACGACGGAGCUAUCCCCAAGCCCAUUGUAUCCUUCUAUUUAAAUCGAGACAUCCAGGACAGCAACGGUGGAGAAGUUAACUUCGGAGGAAAAAACAAAGACUUAUACGAUGAAAAUUCUGGACACCCGAUUCCUGUCACGCAACGAGGCUUCUGGCAGUUCGUUUUAGAUUCGAUAAACGUGAAUGAUAAGAAAAUAACAUCAAGGUACGGUUUCGAAGCUAUCGCUGAUACUGGAACUUCUCUAGUGUACCUUCCUGCCGGAUCUUCGGCUAAGAUCUAUGAAGAAGUUGGAGCAAAAAUCGUUGACGGCAUCGGAGUUGUGGACUGUGAUAAAAUCAACAGCUUGCCAUCUGUGAACUUCGUAAUCAAUAAUUACUAUUAUGAACUUGAAGGAAAGGACUAUAUUCUAAAAAUGCAAGACCAUUCUAAGGACGUGUGUGUUGUCGGUUUCCUGGAUACAACUCAAGAAGUCAUGAUUCUUGGAGACGUUUUUCUUGGAAAAUUUUACACAACCUUCGACAUUGGACAGAACACGGUGACGUUUGCUUCUUUGAAGAAACGCUAGAUUUUAGGUUUUUUUACAAUUUUUUUGUUGUAAAUGUAUCGAAGCUGUUUUUUAUUGAUUAAAUUAUAAACGCUAGUACGGUUUUUAAUUUUUUCAUCCAAAAAAUUAUGCUUUGAUUUCUGAAUCAAUAUAGUCUGAAACCAUUUUAGU